CGUGCGGCCGCCGCCCCCGGCUCCGGGGCCGCGGCCCCGCGUGGCGGUGAAGAUGGCCUUCCGCAAGGCCUACUCCAUCAAGGACAAGCUGCAGGCCAUCGAGCGCGUCAAGGGCGGCGAGCGACAGGCCAGCGUGUGCCGAGACUUCGGUGUGCCGGGCGGCACGCUGCGCGGCUGGCUCAAGGACGAGCCCAAGCUGCGCUGGUUCCUGGAGCAGCUGGGCGGCGAGGUGGGCACGCAGCGCAAGAAGAUGCGGCUGGCCAACGAGGAGGAGAUCGACCGCGCCGUCUACUCGUGGUUCCUGGCGCUGCGCCAGCACGGCGUGCCGCUGUCAGGGCCGCUCAUCCAGGCGCAGGCCGAGGCCUUCGCGCGCCAGAUCUACGGGCCCGAGUGCACCUUCAAGGCCAGCCACGGCUGGUUCUGGCGCUGGCAGAAGCGCCACGGCAUCUCCAGCCAGCGCAUCUACGGCGAGGCCGAGCCUCUGGCCGCCGGCCCCGCGCCUGGCCCGCCCGUCAAGCAGGAGCCCGCGCAGCCCCCCGGCUCCAGCCCCGGCCCCCUGCCCGACAGGGCCCCGGCCCCGCCGUCCCCCGCCGAGGGCGGCUACGGCGACGAGCAGAUCUACAACGCAAACGUCACGGGCCUCUACUGGAAGCUGCUUCCGGAGCAGGCCGCGCCCCUGAGCGCGGGAGACCCCGGGGCGGGGGGCUGCGGCCGGCGCUGGCGGGGUGACCGGGUGACCGUGCUGCUGGCCGCCAACCUGACCGGCAGCCACAAGCUGAAGCCGCUGGUCAUCGGGCAGCUGCCAGACCCGCCUAGCCUGCGCCACCACAACCAGGACAAGUUCCCAGCCUCCUACCGCUACAGCCCGGAUGCCUGGCUCAGUCGCCCCCUGCUGCGGGGCUGGUUCUUCGAGGAGUUCGUGCCCGGCGUGAGGCGUUACCUGCGCCGCAGCUGCCUGCAGCAGAAAGCUGUCCUGCUGGUUGCCCACCCGCCCUGCCCAAGCCCGGCUGCCAGGAUGCCCGCCCUGGAGGAGAGCGAGGAGACCCUCCGGCCGUGUCGGCCUGAGCCCCUCAGCCCCCCGGAAGAGCUGCAGACCCCGGAUGGUGCCGUCCGGGUGCUCUUCCUGUCCAAGGGCAGCAGCCGGGCGCACAUCCCUGCCCCGCUGGAGCAGGGGGUUGUGGCCGCCUUCAAGCAGCUCUACAAGCGGGAGCUGUUGCGGCUAGCUGUGUCUUGUGCCGGGGGCUCGCCCUUGGACUUCACGCGCAGCUUCAUGCUCAAGGACAUGCUCUACCUGGCUGGCCUCUCCUGGGACCUGGUGCAGGCAGGCAGCAUUGAGCGCUGCUGGCUGCUGGGCUUGCGGGCCGCCUUCGAGCCCCGGCCCCCCGAGGAGUGUGUCGGGCAGCCGGCUGGCCGGGCUGAGGAGGCCGCAGAGCACAGCCGGGUGCUCAGCGACCUCACGCACCUGGCAGCCCUAGCUUACAAGCGCCUGGCGCCUGAGGAGGUGGCCAAGUGGCUGCACCUGGACGAUGAUGGGGGGCUGCCCGACAGCUGCAGAGAGGAGGCAGGCCCUGGCCGGCCCCCUGUGCUGGUCCCUGCGGCCCCUCCACCCCCCGCCAGCCUACCCUCUGUCGUGGGGAGUGGAGAAGAGGAGGAGGAGGCCGCCGUGCCCACUGCUGGGGAGGCUGUCCGGGGUCUAGAGACAGCUCUUCGGUGGCUGGAGAAUCAGGACCCCCGGGAGGUGGGGCCACCGAAGCUGGUGCAGCUGCGCUCACUGAUCAGCAUGGCCCGGAGGCUGGGGGGCAUUGGUCCCUCUCCUGCAGUCCCUGAGGAUGGGGUGUGACCGAGUCAGCCUGAGUGGCCCCCCAAUGGCUGUUCUGCUGCACUUGGAGGGAGGGGACACACACAGUCUUCCAUUUCCUCUCCCUCCCUCCCCUGGGAUGGCCCCACCCGAUGGCUCAGGGGGCUCCAGGGAUUCCGGCCCCCAGGCUGGCUUGGAGGGGCUCUGUUGGUGGAGGGCCAUCCUGCUCCACUGGUCCCAUUCUCCUGAAGGGGAGCUAAUAGAGGGGCCCCGGGCCCAUACACCUGCUCCCUGGGCAAGCACACUCGUGGGGUCUGUGGUUUUAGCCGGGGUCCCUUGCCAUGCAAACUGCCACCCACACAACAUGGCGCGCUAAUCAGAGCAGCUCUCAGUUUUCCUGCCCUGGCUCUUGCAGGCUGUGCCUGUCUGUACCUCCUGCCCUCCUCCCGGGUGGCCCAUCAUAUGCACUGGACAAGGGGCCGGCACUCCUGUGAGUGUGGAGCCCUGGGGCUUCAUGGUUCCCAUGCCACAGCCAUGCAGUCAUCUCCAUUAAGUCCAUUUUUACAGAUACCCUGCCUGGGGGCCAGCGUGGUAUCUCAUUCCCCAGCCUGGGCUGGUCUUGGAGGUUUGCUCCGCUCCGUAGAGGCUGGGAAGGGAGGAUGGUGCCCGGCAAUUGAGGAUCCGGAGGCUCCGGACGCAGCAGGGGGUGUAGAUAUUUCUGUUCCACUGGGAUUGUUAGUUUUCCUUAGGAAAAUUCCAUUCCAAACCGCUCUUGUUCUAUGGGUUAGCAGCCUUCUAGACUUGGGCCCCUGGUGACUUGACCAAUGACUGACAAGCUCCCUGGACCAGCCACAGGCCACUUUGUCCAGCCCCCCGGGCCCAGAGCCAUGCCAUCUACCAGGAGUGGGGCUGCGGUGCUGCCAGCUAGACAGGGACAACCGUACAGUGCCUUAGUGCUCCUCCUCGGCUGCCCCACCCCUGCGGGCACUGCCGAGGGUGUGGCGAGGGAGCUGCUUCCCACAGCCCCAGAAACUGGGCUUCUGAGCGGCUCCAUCUGAGAGGAGGAGGAGGAAAGUGUUCGUGUGUUACUGCCCGACUCCAGGUUCGGAGUCCGGCUGGUCUGAGGCCCAGUGGUGCCCGUGCCUCCCAGGGGCGGCUUUUGGAGAUGUGCUCAGAGCCCUUGUGAGAGGCUGGGGCCAGGUCUGAGGUGCUGCCUGCCUGGCCUGUCUGCCCUCCCUUCACCUCCACCUGCCUCACAUCCUCCUGCUGUAGACGGGUAGUGUGUUCGUGGGAGGGGUGGCCGUGCACUGGGGGGGCAGCUGGAGGGAGCCCCCAGAGCACCUUCCCCACAAGUCUGAGAACAUUAACUGUUCCGUGGAACGGUCCCCAGUCAAAAAGUGCGCGUGUGUGUGUUGCAUACAUAUAUCUCAAAUCUGAAAACUGAGGGAAGCUGGGAAGAAUUUGGGAGCAGGGGCUUGCCUAGCCAGGCCCAGGGCAGCAGCCCCUAGCUGGGGCCCCUCUGGCCCCUCCACGUAGUAGCGGUCUCAAGCCCGCACCCCUAGAGGCACCUUUGGCCGUCUGUGGCUGGCCCUGGGACUCUAACCCGAGCAGGUGGCACAGGGCUUCAGGAAGUUUUAAUUUCAUAACAUCCCAUGGCAACUCAGGGACCUAGGGCUGGGAGGCCCCGGCCUCCGCUCUGCCAGGCCUGCCCACGGGGGUGUCUGGAGAGACAGACCUCAGGGCCCACAUGGGGUGCACCUGGGGCCCCAGAGUUUCUCCCUGCAGAAUGGCUGAAUACUCAAAGCAGCAAAGGUUGCUGCUCUUCCAAAAAGUGGCUCUUGGUCAGGGUCCGCGCUAGGGCAUCCAGCGGGCUUGGCAGCUGCUGGGGAGGGGAGGCACUGCGGAUUAAGACAAACUCGUGUGUAGGUUCUGCUAAAACCACCCUUGACCUGCACGUUUUGGGGGGAUGAGACCAAGCUGCAGCCAGCAGAGAGCCCGUCUGAGAGGCACGGCCUUGCCCCAGGCAGGCUACGUGCCUGGGAAGCUACCGCCAGACAGCCGGUGGCCUGCAGGUGCAAUGUCGGCAUGUGGUGAGGGGAAGGGCAUGCCCUCCAGGGACCCCCAGCCCGUCUCGGCCCAGCAAGUCAGGAUUGCCGCAGGGAGCCCUAGGACGGGGGCUGGGUGCUGUUUGUCCCCAGAUAAGGAUGCCCACAGGUGAGGCUUGACUCCAGGGGCGUGUCCUUGAGAGGACCAUGGGCUUUUGGGGUGCAUGCUCUGUUGAGGGGCCUUUUCACACCCAUCCUUGCUGAUGGGGGGAUUCACCCAGUCAGACGGGCCCAAUGUGCUUUAUAAUAAAGGUUUGUGUCAACUUCACACGCA